CCCGCCGCCGGCCAGUACCCCGAGGCCGCCGUCGCCGCAGCGCAGAGUUCUCCCGCAGUCUGUCGCGGAGCAUGGGGUGCUGACGGCCAUGGAGGGCUACCGGGGCUUCCUGGGGCUGCUGGUGUCCGCGCUGCUCGUGGGCUUCCUGUCGGUGCUCUUCGUGCUCGUCUGGGUCCUGCACUACCGAGAGGGGCUUGGCUGGGACGGCGGCGCCCUCGAGUUUAACUGGCACCCGGUGCUCGCGGUGACCGGCUUCGUCUUCAUCCAGGGCAUCGCCAUCAUCGUGUACAGAUUGCCAUGGACUUGGAAGUGCAGCAAGUUUCUAAUGAAAUCCAUCCAUGCGGGCUUAAAUGCUGUGGCUGCCAUUCUCGCCAUCAUCUCUGUAGUGGCCGUGUUUGAUUACCAUAAUGCCCGCAGCAUCCCUCAUAUGUACAGUCUGCACAGCUGGGUCGGACUGACAGUCGUCAUACUCUACGUCCAACAGCUUGUCCUAGGUGUUUUCAUCUUUCUGCUGCCAUGGGCUCCGCUUUCUCUCCGGGCGGUCAUCAUGCCCAUACAUGUGUAUUCUGGACUCCUCCUCUUUGGAACUGUGAUUGCGACAGUCCUCAUGGGAGUGACGGAGAAGCUGUUUUUUGUCCUGAAAAACCCUUCUUACCAUUCAUUCCCGCCAGAGGGUGUUUUUACAAAUGCCCUGGGCCUUCUGAUUCUGAUAUUUGGAGCUCUCAUCUUCUGGAUUGUUACCAGACCACAAUGGAAGCGUCCCACAGAACCAGGGUCUAUCCUUCUUCAGCCAAAUGGAGGCGCAGAUGGAAUGGGAAGCGCCGCAGCACUAAGUUCCGGCCGCAGCCCAGAUGCAGCAGAUACAGAGUUAAGCAGCGAGGGAACAGCCAGAAAAAGAACUCUCGGCCUUGAUGAUGCUGGCCAGAGAUCCACCAUGUGAAAUGUAGAUGCAGCCACGUAAAGUCUCUUCCAAAGUCAGCCGUACAGUUCAGCUUCUCCUGUCUAGCCAUAGGUGACUUGGGUUCAUAGUGUCGAUGUAUACUGUGGUCACCAGGGAGGAUUUCCCAAGACCGAUUGUAUUGUAAGGCCUGUGAACUUACCACAUGUAAAAGGACAUGAUCAAUAUGAGUUGUGAUUGUUUGCUCUUUAUUCUCGAGGACCUGAGCAUUGGAUGUGCACCUGUGGCCUCUCACUAGGCCCCAUUAAUUCUGGGAGCCCGGUGAUUUCAGAACAAGGUAGACCCAGCCCUAACUUUUAAAAUAAGAUCACAAAUACCUGGACCAGUCUUUGGACCCUUACACCACACAGCUAUUGUGAGUAAAACAUGUUGUGGGGAGCAGCCCUUUAGAAAAAGAACCAGUCACCCUUUCCCAUGGUGAGCUUCUGUUCCCUCUCCAGCUAAUUUGGGAUCACCUGGGGCCCUGGGCGUGAGAGUAUUCGUGAAGCGGCUUUUGGAGCAGUUGCUGGGUCAAAGACGGCUGAAGAGAUCUCUGGUUAGACCUGGAAGAUUUCUUACACUCAGCCCAGCGCCUAGACUCCCAGGAGCUGGUUCACAGUUCAGCUUCUGAGCCUCUUGCAAUGUAAACACGCCUGAGCUCAGGGUGCAUGAACCGCUUUGCAUCUGCACACAGUGGCGAGCUCUUUCCCUCAAGUUUCUGUUUUAUUUUCCAAAGUGCUUGCCCAGCUCUCACUAUGUGCCAGCCACUCUCCUACUAGGCACUUUACAAAUAUUAGCUCCUUCAGGUUCCAGAUGGACGUUGUGAGACAGGUAUUGUUACUAGCCCCAUUUUUAGGUGAAAGAUCUGAAGCUUGGAAAGGUUAGUAACUUGGCCCAACAUCACAUGACUCUUAGGUUGAUGGAACUGACAUUCAAACCUGGCAGUCUGGCUCCUCUGCCCAUGGGCCUACAUUUCACUGGACUCCUUCCCCCAUUUAUACCAUCUGGCAGCACAGCCAUCCACCCCUGAAUAAAGUUCUUGAGUGGAGCCUAAUGGACUUGUUACAGGAUGCUGCUUUAGAGGGUGGGAAAGGCGCCAUAAGGUCUUAGACGUAGAUCUUGGUGCCUCAGCCACUGCCAACAAGCCAGAGCCUGCCUCCGUGCCCCCCCACUUUGGAGUUGAGGAUUGAACCCUGGGCCUUGCUUGCGCUUGCUAGGCAAGCGCUCUACCACUGAGCUAAAUAAUCAUAAUAAGGCAUCUUUCUUGCUGAUGGGAAGAGCUGGGCUGGGGUACUCAAAGCUUUCAAGAUUAAUUCAGCACAGUGCUUCUUCUCCGUGAUCUUAGCUGCUGAACGACUUUUGAUUUGGAGAGACUUGUAUCCUGGGCUGUCUGUCCUUCCCUGGAGCCAUAGGCAGGUUCUUUCCUGAUUUUUGUGGAAUUUGGAGUUCUUAGUAGAGAACUGAGGUUCAAAGGUGAUAGUGUUCACAUAGCCAGACUUCCGUCUCAGCUCUGAGGGAAAUCUCGGUGGGAAGUGCAGAAAGGGUGCCUGACGGAGAUUGGUUGAUUUCACUGGAUUUUCUGAUUGUGAUACUUGGGCACAGAUGUGUGAGCCUAUAGUUCCAGCUGCUUGAGGCUGGAGUCUGAGGCUCAGUUCAAAGCCAGCCUGGGUAACAAAGUGAAAUUCUCUUGGGUUUUUGACAGUCUUUAGUAACCCAAGUUGGCCACACUCUUAUAACUGAAGGAGACCUUGAACAUGUGGCCUUCCUUGCCUUCACUUCCCAAAUGCUGGUUUACAGGCAUGUGUCACUAGCCACCAUGUCU